AUGCAAUCAAUCAAUCUCCAAAAAGGCUCCCCGCACCCCUCCCUCCUCCCCGCCACACACCUCCGAUCAGCCGCCGCAACCGUCCUCUCCAACCCAAGCCUCUACAUCCCUGCCCUCGACUACGGCGACGAAGCAGGCUACCACCCUCUCCGGACGAAUAUCGUCAAAUGGCUGACUAACUUCUACGCGCCCGCGCGGCCCAUCCCCACCGAGCGGAUCUGCAUCACUGGCGGCGCCUCCCAGAACCUCGCGUGCAUCCUGCAGGUCUUCACGGACCCGCGCCAUACGGUGGCGGUGUGGCUCUCUGAGCCGACGUAUCAUUUGGUGUUUACCAUGUUCCGGGACGCAGGGCUGGGCGAUCGGCUGCGGGCUGUGCCAGAGGAUGGGGAGGGGAUGCAGGUUGCGGAGCUUGAGCGGGGAAUAGCAAGUGCCCCGGGUUGUCAUCAUUCACCUGGGUGCGCAGACCAACUUGGGCCGGGCAAGAAAUACAAGCAUCUGAUCUACUGCGUGCCAACCUACGCGAAUCCCUCCGGUGCAACGAUGUCCGUCCCCCGCCGCGAGGCCCUCGUGCGCUUGGCGCGACGACACGACGCGCUGGUCGUGUGCGACGACGUCUAUGAUUUCCUGGCUGUCACGCCUGCACAUCACUCGCCUGCUCCGCGGCUUGUGGACAUUGAUCGUACACUGGAUGGUGGGGUCGGGGAUGAUGGUUUCGGGAAUGUGGUGAGCAACGGUUCAUUCAGCAAGAUUCUCGGCCCUGGGUGUCGGGUGGGUUGGGCGGAGGCCACCCCGAGGUUCGUGGCGGCGCUGGCGCAGUGCGGGUCUAACAUUUCCGGCGGUGCACCAUCGCACCUGACCUCGACAUAUAUCAACCAGAUGUUUGAGAAUGGAAGCUUCCAGUCUCACCUAGAGGGAACCGUGCUACCCGCUGUUUCAAGAAGGUAUUGGAUUCUGGCUGAUGCGGUGCGGCAGAGGCUGGUUCCGCUGGGAGUGAGCUUUCAGCCGGAUGGGGCGCGCGGGAUGGCGGCGGGUGGGUUCUUCUUAUGGCUUCGGCUGCCUGCUGGAGUGAGUAGUGAGGAUAUAGACCGCGAAGCGACGAAGCAGGGGCUGGUCAUCGGGAAAGGGGGGUUGUUUGCUGUACCGGGACGGAAUACGGGUGGUUCCCGGGAGCGAGUGGAUGGCUUUAUUAGGUUGUGCUUUAUGUGGGAGGACGAGGAUCGGUUGGUGGAGGGGGUGGGGAGGUUGGAGAUGGUUAUGAGGAGGUUGCUUGCUCCUAGGUGCCUAGGUGAAUUCACUGCACCGUCUCGACGCUCAGCUGUUUGA